AUGGCGGCUCGUGCCAUAGCCGUACAGCGCCCCACACACAGAUACCGCCAAGCCGAAGCCGUCCACGGCUUGAUGGAUGGUGUGCGUAAGCCGCUGCCGCAGAUUCCAACCUCAACACCAACUGCUGGUGCACAUCUGGUUGUUUUUGAAGCUCAUUUAUUAGUGUUGAAAUCAUAUUCCUCGUGCUCCGAAAUCAAUACGCAUGGCCAAUAUGCCAAUGUAGAAAAGUGCAACGGAAUGCAACCCACUCCAUCACCCUUUGCAGGACGGCAUAAUCAAUCCUCUUGCAAGGUUGAGGUACACACGUGGGCAGUGCAGGAGUAA